GUAACUACUAUAAAAUGUACUGUGUGCACAAAAUAGUCCUAUACAAUGCAGAGAGAGGAGCGCGCGUCUUUAAAAAUGGUGCAAUUACAUGAGGAAUCUUUCGGUACGUUUCAAGAUGAACCGGUCCGGAAAUUUAUAUGGACUACAGACAGCGGGUUCUCAGUCUCCGUAAUUUCUUAUGGAGCUAUCAUCCAAUCAAUUGAGGUUCCAGACAAGAAUGGCGUUAACAGCGACGUGGUUUUAGGCUUCGACGAUAUUGAUGGUUACGUAAACCGUAAUUUACCAUAUUUAGGCGCAACUGUUGGAAGGUGCGCGAAUAGGAUUGGUGGAGCAACUUUUGAAAUAGACGGAAAUACUUAUUCAUUGGCAAAGAACGUUGGUCAGGACCAUUUGCAUGGAGGUGUAAUUGGGUUUGACAAGGCGAAUUGGAAGUCUACUGUAAACGGUAAUAAGGUUAUCUUUAGCUACUUGUCCAAAGAUGGCGAAGAGGGAUACCCUGGUGAUUUAGUUACCAAUGUUAUCUACGAAGUUAAAGACGACGAUGUCCUGUACGUGGAGUUCUUGGCAACCACCACUAAAAAGACCGUGGUCAACUUGACCAACCACUCAUAUUUCAACCUGGCAGGUCAUGAUGCUGGUGCUGCCGAGAUUUACAACCACGUCAUCAACAUAAAUGCUGAUAGAAUAACGGAGACCACAUCCCAGUCGAUUCCAACAGGCCGUCUCAUUAAAGUCGGAGGCACACCUUUCGAUCUUCGGGUUCCGACACGACUCGGUGACGCCAUGCGCAGAGCGACUGGAUUAUAUGACGAUAACUUUUGUGUUACCUCAAAUGGAAAACAGGGUAUCAAUUUCGUCUCAAGAGUCACCCAUCCUUCCUCUGGAAGAUACCUCGAAGUUUACAGCAACCAGCCUGGUGUUCAGUUGUACACCAGUAAUUUCCUGCCGUCACCAAAUGAAACGGCUCUGAUAGGAAAAGGGGGAGUUGGAUACAGACGCCAUGGAGCCUUCUGUCUCGAGACACAAGUUUAUCCUGACGCUGUUCACCAUUCUAGCUUCCCGAGUGCAAUACUGAUACCAGGAGAUGUUUACAGGCAUCAAGUAAAUUAUCACUUCGGCUCAGUUUCGGCGGAUGGACCGGAGGUUGUUCUAAAUUGAUUUUUCAUUUAUUGAUUGUUUCUAGUAGUUCUAGUAUGUAAUUACGUCAGCAAAAAUAAUAUAUUUCUCGUAACAUGUUGAAAAUUGUUUUUCAUUAUAUUGUUUUUUAAAUGUUUAUGAUUCGAAUAAAGAAAAAAAAAAACGUAAUAUUGUCAAAACUAAUUUAUUAUCGUAUA